AUGGGUGUUAAAACAUUCACUCAUAAUUCCCCUGCUCACAGUCAGGAGAUGCUGGGAAAGCUGAACAUGCUCCGCAACGACGGGCAUUUUUGUGAUAUCACCAUCCGCGUCCAGGACAAAAUCUUCCGGGCGCACAAGGUGGUCUUGGCAGCCUGCAGCGACUUCUUCCGUUCCAAGCUCGUCGGCCAAGCAGAAGACGAGAGCAAGAGCGUGUUAGACCUGCACCACGUGACAGUGACUGGGUUUAUACCUCUUCUGGAAUACGCUUACACGGCAACGCUCUCCAUUAACACAGAAAACAUUAUUGACGUGUUGGCCGCUGCCAGCUACAUGCAGAUGUUCAGCGUUGCUAGCACGUGCUCAGAAUUCAUGAAGUCCAGCAUUUUAUGGAAUACACCCAACAGCCAGCAAGAGAAGGUGCUGGAUGCAGGGCAGGAGAACAGCGCCAACUGCAAUUUUACUUCUCGAGACGGCAGCCUUUCUCCGGUUUCUUCCGAGUGCAGCGUAGUGGAAAGAACCAUCCCUGUUUGCCGAGAGUCGCGACGGAAGCGCAAAAGCUACAUAGUUAUGUCUCCCGAGAGCCCCCUCAAGUGUAACACGCAAACAAGUUCCCCCCAAGUGCUGAAUCCUUCCACUUCUUACCCGGAGUCCAGAAAUCAGCCAGUGGACUCCUCCUUAGCUUUUCCCUGGACUUUUCCUUUUGGAAUCGAUCGAAGACUUCAGUCUGAGAAGGUGAAGCAGGCGGAGAACUCUAGGACUUUGGAAAUGCCUGGGCCCUCCGAGUCCAACCGAAGAAUUGCAGAUUACGUGACUUGUGAGAGCACAAAAGCCAGUUCUCCCCUUGUGAUUGAGGAAGACGUGCGCGUCAAAGUGGAAAGGUUAAGCGACGAGGAGGUUCACGAGGAGGUAUCGCAGCCUGUUAGCGCAUCCCAGAGCUCUCUGAGCGAUCAACAGACAGUCCCAGGAAGCGAGCAAGUGCAGGAAGAUCUCCUGAUCAGCCCGCAGUCUUCCUCUAUAGGCUCAAUAGAUGAGGGGGUUACGGAGGGAUUACCCACACUCCAAAGUACCUCUGGCACUAACGCUCAUGCAGAUGAUGAUGAUCGUUUGGAGAACGUUCAGUAUCCCUACCAACUCUACAUUGCUCCUUCUACCAGCAGCACAGAGCGACCCAGCCCAAACGGUCCUGACAGACCUUUUCAGUGUCCAACCUGCGGGGUCCGGUUCACUCGCAUUCAGAACCUAAAACAACACAUGCUUAUCCACUCAGGCAUUAAACCAUUUCAGUGUGACCGCUGUGGGAAAAAGUUCACCCGAGCUUACUCGCUAAAGAUGCAUCGCCUGAAGCACGAAGGUAAACGCUGUUUCCGGUGCCAGAUAUGUAGUGCCACUUUCACUUCCUUCGGGGAAUAUAAACACCACAUGCGGGUUUCCCGGCAUAUUAUCCGCAAGCCUCGGAUUUACGAGUGCAAAACAUGUGGCGCCAUGUUCACCAACUCUGGAAAUUUAAUCGUUCACCUGAGGAGCUUGAACCAUGAAGCGUCAGAGCUAGCAAACUACUUCCAGAGCAGUGACUUCCUAGUACCGGACUACUUAAACCAGGAACAAGAAGAGACCCUCGGGCAGUAUGAGCUAGGGGAGCAUGGCUUUGAAAGCAACUCUUCUGUCCAAAUGCCUGUCAUUUCGCAGGUGUCGUCAACUCAGAAUUGUGAAAGCACUUUCCCCUUGGGGUCUCUGGGUGGGUUGGCAGAGAAGGAAGAAGAUGUGCCAGAGCAGCCAAAGACUAACGCCACUGCUGAGGCAGCCGCAGUUGACCCUCCGAAACCGGAGCUGUCAUCUAUUACUAUUGAAUAAUUCAUGGUUUGGUUUAAUUUUUGUUCUUUGGAAAGUGCCUGUGUUUGGUCCUGUACAUUUUAAUUUAAUUUUUUUAAACAAAAGUGGGGAGAUUUUCCCUUUUUACUUUGUAAGCUACGCUUUAAACAGAAAACUGCAACAGAUGUUACAUUAUUUUUCAUGACUGAACGAUCACUUCUGUGAAAAAUAUUUAAGACUGAAUGCACAAAAAGAUCUUGUCAGAACAUCGUGGAAGCUGUGAUGCACUUCUAAAGAAGAACAACCAAUUCAGAUCACUUUAACUAUUUCUUCUUCCACAGUUAGAGCAGCUCGUUAAGUUUCCCUUGCUUCUGCAGACUGCUUCUGCAGUUAACGGAAAGGAACCAGAGGAAACCUUUGUAAAACGACAAACAAAAGGAUGCAUUGGAAAUCAUUAUUGAACAGUUUUGACUGGUUUUGAGCGGAUGCUUUAAUCUUCUGCAUAAAACAAAAAAAUGACACUUCCU